AUGACGACGAGCUACAUCCAGAGCGGCGGCGCAAGCCUCGAAAUCGACCCGCUGACCGGCGAACUCACGUACGAGGACUUCCUCAACGCCAUUGAGAAGGCCGAGCUGGAGCCUAUCCAACCACCCAAGAUCGACCUGGGGAGCCCGUAUUCCAUAUUCGGCAUUCCCCUUGUCGAUCAGAUGUUCUCAGACGUCCUCGAGAACAUCGACCUCUUCAAACAGGACAUCGACAAGUUCAUCGACUACCUCAAACGGAAGAUCAAGCUGACGAUCAACUGGACUGUGGCGCUUGCCGGCGUCACAACGAUCUCGGCGCUCAUCGGCGUGAUCACCAGGGAAAUCACCAACGCCAUCUUCAACAUAAAGCGAAAGCAAGAGUGGGAGGACCUCAACGACCCGGACGCUAAGGCAGAGAUGAUCCCCCAGGCAGACAUAGAGGCCAAGGAGGAGAUCAGCGAAAUGAGCGGGGAGGACAUCGAACCGCCAAGUCUAGGAGAGAUCGAGGAGCCCGUGCUCGAUGAAGAAGGGAACGAGAUGUUAAACCCCGACGGCACAACAAUGAUGACAACCCGCAUCGUAGAACUGCCGCGGGACAUCUCGGACCAGUACGACCCGAUCCCCGAGCCGGUCGAUCUCUCCGAGGAGCCUCUUACGCCCGAGCUGGCCGAAGAGAUAGAGGAGAACGAGGGCGACAUCACCCUAGACGUAAUCAAUAAGCUUAUGAUGGAGUUCGACCCGCAGGGGGUCACCCACGAGCAGAACAACGAGUGGCUCAUCGAUAGAGGGGUCUACAUCCUGCAUAUCCCCCAUCUGUUCCUCAAAAGGGAAUGCCUCCCAGGCGGAAUAAGAGCCGGAAUCAUAAAUGGCGCCUGCGGCAUGAUUAACGGCGUCGUCAUGCCUGCCGUGGCGGAACGCUAUUCGCGCACGUACAGGCGGAGAGUUCACGUCUGUCCCUACGAGGAAUCCAAAACGCAUGCAGACAAGGAGCAAUCCCCGGGCGGCAACCUCAUGAACGUCCACUGCUGCAUGUGCUUUGAAAAGAAGCGUGUUCUUAAGAAGGGAGAUCCCUUAUGGGCCGCCAAUGUCUGCACCUGCAUGCCGCCCUGCGAGUGUCCGUGCCACGAACGCUCGACGAGACACAUAAGGUAUCUGAAGAAGACCUGCAGAUCGUUUGCUCAAGAGGCUCCGUUGACUGGCUGGUGGGUUGGUUCUGAUUGUAUGGGAGACAGUCAUAAAACAUAUGAAAAAGACGAUUAUAACUGUCGAUUCUACCCUUAUAUCUGCUAUGAAAAUGAAACGUCCGAACGGAUAACAGACAAGCCAGAAAGUCGGUUUAAUGUAAUUCAGAUCUGCCCGUUCUGCCAGAUAAUGUAUGCCUACAUCAAUAUCGUCGGAAAAGGCUACAAGCUCCACCGCUCCAACACAGAGGUCUACAUCUUCUUCACGAAGGGCGCCAACUCGACGCUGCUCCUCGGCGAGCCGGCGAAGUAUUUGGUAACCGGCCCGGCGACCAACAAGACCUUCGACUAUAUCAAUAAAAACGAUAGCGCCUUCGACGACGCCAUCUGGGGCCGUAAACCGUUAUUCGAGUACCAGGGGCCUAUCCAAUGCAAGUGCUCCAUUGGUCGCCCCAUAUGCACGGCCGCCUUUAAGGGUAAUGCCAACGAAGCACACACCAACCUCGUCACAUAUAUAAAGGGCCACGCGCAGAAGAUCAAGUACAUCUACAUGCCGGACUUCGAGGUGACGGGCGGCGAUCCCUGGUGGUACAACGACCAGCACGACUACCAGUCGAUCAAGGACCUCUGCAUCUUCGACGGCAUCCUCGAGCACAAGGUCCCCGAGCACGUCUACCGCUUCUACGAGUACCGCCGGCUCCUCGACAAGACGUGGUUCCCGCGGCUCUACCAGGACAUCUACAACCAGCUCACCAAGGACUAUCCCGACAUUCCCUCAGGCAUGGACCAUCCCACGGCCAAGAAGUGGAAGAACUGGAAGGCCUGGAUGGCGAUCGACAAGUUAUUGAACGACCUCAUCCCCAUCCCGGAGAUCUACCCGGAGCUCGCGGACAACCCGAAUCCCCUCUUCGCGCGAAAGCCGGUGGGCUGGGAGCAGGCCAGUGAGUGGGGGACAGAGGCCGUGCCGUACUCGCUUCGCCUUCCCGAGGAACUCCAGCGCAUUAAGGACUACCUCAUACUGCUGGACAAAUACUACCCGGGCUGGAGAGCGUUUCGCGAUGAGCACGAUCCGGGCUGGUGGAGCGACUUCUGGCGGCAGAUCCCCGUCAUCGACAAGGACGCGCGGACGACCAUCUUCCUCUACAGCGACCUCCGGAUCGACAGGUAUAAAUUCGAGAUCACCGGGGAGCCCGAGUGGUGGCGCGACUUCUGGGGCCCCACGAUCAAGGACAACCUCCCCGACCCCGAGAGACCCCGCUCGUACCAGGAGGUCCUCGAGGUCGUAAAGGAUUACUAA